CAGGCCAGUCCCUCCCAGCAUUUCACCUCCCCAGAAGUGGUGAUCCCUUUGAAGGUUAUCAGCAGGGACAAAAGUGCAGAGGCUCUGGGUUGGCUCUCCUAUAGUCUGCGGUUUGGAGGCCAAAGACAUGUUGUCCACAUGAAGGCCAAGAAGCUGUUAGUUUCUCCACACCUCCCAGUGCUCACUUACACAGAACAUCAUGUCCUCCAUCAGGAUCAGCCCUUUAUCCAGGAUGACUGCUACUAUCAUGGUUUUGUGGAGGGGAUCUCUGAGUCCCUGGUUGUCCUCAGCACCUGUUCAGGGGGCUUUCAAGGAAUGCUACAGAUAAAUGAACUUGCUUAUGAAAUUAAGCCUAUUAAACUUUCUGCUACAAAUGAGCACUUGGUGUAUAAGAUAGACACUAAUGAUACACAGUUCCCACCUAGGGGAUGUGGGUUAACAGAAGAGAAAAUAGCACGUCAAUUGGAAUUGCAAAUGUCACAUAUUUUCACUCUGAAACAAAGUUCUUAUGUGGGCUGGUGGACUCACUCACGGUUUAUUGAGCUAGUAGUGGUUGUGGAUCAUGUUAGAUAUGUUUUCUCCCAAAGCAAUGUGACCAUCGUGCUGUUUGACGUCAUUAAUGUUCUCAGUAUAGUGGAUUCCUUAUUUGACCCUUUGGAAAUUGAUGUAAUUUUGACUGGGAUGGAGGUCUGGACUACAAGAAACCCAAUUGAUACCAGUAUUGACUUAGAUCUAGUUGUGGAGCAGUUUACACUUUGGAAGCUUUUUCAACUUGAUGCCCGGCUGCAUCAUGAUGCUGCACAUCUUUUCAUAAAAGAAUUAAAUAGCUCAAAACUUGGUGUUGCCUAUGUUAAUGGAAUAUGCCAAAGUCCUUUUAACUCUGGAGCUGAUGUUUUUGAAGACAAUAGCUUAUACCUUUUUGCACUUACUGUGAGCCAUGAGCUUGGCCAUAAUUUGGGUAUGGUGCAUGACACUCGAUGGUGUGUGUGUGCAUUACAGUGGUGCAUAAUGUAUGCAUAUAGAAAGGUGACAAAUAAAUUUAGCAAUUGCAGUUAUGCCAAUUUUUGGGACAAUAAUAUGAAUACAUGUAUUUAUCCUCCUCCAUAUGCAAGGAAUAUCUUUACRUUGAAGUAUUGUGGGAAUCUCGUAAUUGAAGAAGGAGAGGAGUGUGACUGUGGAACUAUACAUCAGUGUGCCAGAGAUCCUUGUUGUCUGCCUAACUGCACUUUGCGUUCUGGAGCUUCUUGUGCUUCUGGGCUUUGUUGCAAAGACUGUAAAUUAAUGCCAUCAGGGACUUUAUUUAAAUGGAUCACUGUCAAUAAUGUCCUGCAUAAGUACAACAGAUACAAACCCAAUCUGUGUUGA